AUGGCUGUCUUCGAUGAUGUGCACUAUAUUCUUUCAUCUUCCAUACCGGCGGCACAGCGUAAGGAGCUUUCGGGCUUGCUGGACCUCAAUGGCGCAACGAGCGCACCACCACACACCCACCUUAUUGCCCUUGCUGGAUCGCACACUCAGCACGAACACGCGGGAUCUUUGCAUAUAGUAUCGGGAAUGUGGGUACAGCGGAGUAUAGUUCUUGGAAAACUUCAGCUGCGAUUGAUAGUCGUUGUUAGCGAGCAGUACUAUUCACCUGAUCCAACAAUGAUUUUUUCGGGUAUCGUUGCGUGUGCCACCGAUCUCUCCCCAUCGGACCUCGAAGUUCUCUCAGCAGGGAUCACCUCGUUAGGAGGACAGUGGCGAACGGGCCUCACGCGGGAUGUAACGCAUCUUUUCGCAUUGCAUGAACAGAGUGACAAGUACCAAACUGCCAUGCAUUUUGCGCCACACACCCACAUGUCUGUCCUCACACCGCAUUGGUUCGAUGACUCAGUUCGCGUCGGGCGUCGUGUACCCGAAGGGCCUUACUUAUGGCCUGAUCCGAAGGUCUUGCAACCUGGCAUGCAGGUCGCAAUGGACGAGGAUGAUGUAGAAAUUGGAGAAAGUGGGAAAAAAAAGAGAAAAAAGAGUAGUGAGACAAGACUGAGCAGCCCUAUGGCCAUGGAGGAAGCAGAGUGCAGAGAAGGAGUCAAUGUGUGGGCAGGAAGAAGAUUGUUAUUAUCUCGCUCGCUAGAAUUGGGACAAGGACAUCGUGAAGCUGUGGAGGCGAAUAUACAGAGAGCGGGUGGAACUGUUGUCAAGGUCAAAGGUACCAGCACAGACGAGGAGUUACAAGAGAACGAGGAAGCAACACUUGUGGAUGAAUGUGAUGUUUUUGUCACGCGGUACCGCUCUGGGAAGGCAUACUUCAAGGCAGCUCGUUCACCUCGUCCGAUUUUGAUCGGAAACUUGACUUGGAUGUUUCACGUCGAUGCAUCUGGCAUGUUGAAUGAUCCACAUGAGAGCUUGCUGUGGUACCCAGUUCCAAGAGGAGGUAUUCCUGGUCUCAAUGAAUGCGAAAUCACCGUCACUAACUAUACUGGCGCCGCGCGAGAUUAUCUGAAGAAACUUAUUCAAGUCAUGGGCGCAAGGUUCACGCCAAGUAUGAGCCAAAGCAACAAGGUUCUGGUUGCUGGCUAUUCUCCUUCGCCUAAAACACAGCGCGCAGUUGCAUGGUCGAUACCAAUAGUCAAUCAUACUUGGCUCGAGGAUUGUUUCAUUGCAUGGAAGAAUCUUACUGUCGGAGUUGAUAAAUACAUUCUCUUUCCCCCCGGCGUCGAUUUUGGGAAGAUGCUUAUGACCCCAAUUGGUGACGUAGUCAUAGAUGUCGACGAUGAACAUGUUUCCCCUUCAAAGGCGCUGAGACAGCAGAAGUCCAAGCCAAAGCCGAAAUCCUCGGAGAAUAAGAAAUCGUCAUCUCAGCAAGUGACUCUCGAAGAAGAUGGUAUGACAAAUAUUGAUGAUGGUAACUCAAGACCUACGAAACCGCGAUCACGCAGACGUUCGGGGACCACACGAGAAAACACUGCAUCUGAUGAUGUUGUGGAGGUGUACGAAGGGGGAGUGACAGAUGGUGUAAAGAAUUCCAGGGAGAUCGACGAGGAGAGCUCUGCGAAUGACGCAGCUCUCCCUAGGGCUGAGACCAAAGCCGUUGGGAAGUCUAACAAACUGUCCACAUCAAAGGAGAAGACCAAACCUCACAAAGCUGGUCAUCUACCCCCUUCUCGCGAGCGUUCUAACUCCGAGUCUGCGUCAACCCGUGCAAGCAGGGUAAUCCCCGGGUCCUCGACGCCAGUACAAACAGGAAUGAAACCAAAGCCUAAGCCGAAGGAAACUCCUCAACGCGCCUCAUCCUUGUCUGAUGACGAUGAAAUUUUUGUGCGGCCUGUGAAGCAUCAGUCUGCUGCAUCCAGUGCCAAAGUAAGAACCAAAGAGCCGGAGAAAGAGCCGCCGACUACGUCCUCAAAAGCCGCCAAGGAGAAACAGAACGCUCGCGCUCGAUCUCCAAGUCUGUCUACUACCCGCUCACCCUCGCCUCCUGUAAAAAUUCUCAGGACGCCGAAACGUACAGUGUCCGUGCUCGUUCCAUCUCUACCGAAAGAUUACUUGUCUCCAAGCUCGCGCAAGGACACCUCCACGAACAAGGAAGGAAGGUCCGAACUUACUAGAACGAAUUCCAUUCAUGCAUCUGCGGCCGAGGCAUCAACAAGUGGAUCCAAGCGUGGACGCCCUUCUCUAUCGAAACCUUCAACCUCAACACCUCCUGUGAAGAACAAGUCGAAGUCCAAAGCGCGGAAUCAGUCAGAAUCAGAACACGAGGAUGAAGUUUCUGUGGUUCUGGAUACGUAUUCCUCACGCGGAUUACCAAAGCGCAGUGCUGCCAACAAAGCGACGAGCAAACUGAGAGAUGAAAUUAUGCCCGACGUCGUUAGUUUCGAGAAGGAGCGCAAGAACGCCAAGCGAAGGCAUAGCUCCGGUCUCAAUGACUCUUUCAUUUCCCUGCGUGACAAAGAGGAAGUCGAGGAGGAACGAGACAUGAAGAAGCGUAAAGUGGAAAAGGCUCGCGCAGAGGACACGGACAAUGAAGCAGAGGUUGAGGACAUCAUUUCUUCAUCUAGUCCUCAAACGAAGUCGAAGUCGAAGACCGGUACGACUGAGGGCAAGGGUACGAAGCGAAGAGCGGGAGACGAGAUGAGUGUUGACGAAGACGAGCCGUCCAAGAAAAAGGGAGGCAAGACGACUCAGAAUAAAAAGGGAUCGCGUGCCUCCGAUAUUGCCACCAAUCACCUUUCUGGACCCUCUCGGGAAUCUGGAGCAGUGAGGGUGAUGACGACAGGUAUCCAGCUGACCGAUGAUACUAUCAAGAGGUUGAAUAAAUUGGGGGCAAAGAUGACAACGAAACCCAACGACUGCACGCACCUGGUCGCAAAGGGAAUAGUCCGUACGGAGAAGUUCUUGUGCGCUAUCGCAAGCUCCCCGUUCGUGUUAACAGAAGGAUGGGUCAAUUCGAGCGUGCGAACUGGCAAACUUUUGCCGGAAACGGACUUUUUGAUAUCUGAUCCCGAAUCGGAACGGAAAUGGAAUUUUAAGCUCUCCGCUUCUCUCGAGCGCGCUAAACGUGAAGACGGAGGGGAGGGCUUGCUGAAAGGGAUGACAUUUUAUGUGACCCCUAAAGUCGAGAUUGACUUGAAGUUGCUCAAAGCUGUCAUAGCCUCUGCCGGUGGCCAGGUUCAGACGUCCAAGCCGACGACUCGAAUACUCAAGGCGAACAGAAACCGUCACGUUAUCUCUUGCCCAGCAGACCAAUCGAUCUGGCGACCAUUGGUUGACGAAGGAUAUACUAUAUAUUCCACGGAGCUCAUCCUUCUAGCCGUACUUACUCAGGAGAUACGGUGGAAGGAUGACAACUGCAUCAGUUCCAAGCCUUCUUUGUAA